CCGCCAUCAUUGACAUCUGAGGCCUCUUGUGGUCAUUUUAUACAUUAGAGAAACCGAAUACCGGCAAAACCUACUUACCGCUUCUAACGUAAUGAUACCAUCAUUUUAAGUUUCGAGAAUCCCACUCUUAAUUGACAGACAUAACCGUGGUGGCACAUUUGGGUGCUGACAGCACAGGCUGUGUGUCCUCCAUCAUCUGCCGGUACUCAUCCUUCAACUCCAGGAUCCUGGCAUCUUUAAGCUUGGUCACGGUUCGGUCCGACAGCACAGCGGCAACAGCCCACCACUGCUCCACCAGCCGAUCAAACAUCUCGCACAUGGAGUUCCACCGUGUUUUACACGACUGGAUAAGCCGGUCUAGGUUGGAGCUUGUGAGUCUUGGUUUCCAACCCGAGGAGCAGAGACAACCGCCUUGCUCACAGCACUCUGUCCGAACACGCCAAUGGCAGCCACAAUGCUGAAGCUUUCCAGCAGUGGGGCUGUUAGAAUCCGCUUCAAUAGCAUAGACCUUGGGACCACCCGGUGGAAAGAGGGCACAUUUGAGAUCAUAGAGAAGGAUAACAAAGUCAAUCUCUGCAUCAGAUUCAUCAGUGGUGGUGCACCUAAAACCUUUCAGUUGAACCAUAAUAUAAAGAAUGUGGUGCACACUCCAAGCAGACUCAUGGUGACUUUGAAGGACUCAAGUGUUGUCACCCUCGACAGCAUCCCUCUAGCCCUGGCUCAGAAAGUGAAAGAAUACCUUGAGAAGCUCAAGCAAGGAAAAUCUACUGUUCUUAAGGCAUCCCAUGGAAGUGCCUGCUUCAGUAUUCUUGGGAAUCGGUCAGUAAAAAACGAAUCUAGUCCAUCUGGAGAAAGACAGAGCACACCCAGAAGGCAAAGUUUGGACAGGGAGGAGACCACACCACGCAAACCUCUGGGAAGCCCCAGCAGGGUCAUCUCCACCCCUGCCCGUAGUGGGCUCUCUGAGAACAGGAGCGAGAAGAGGAAGAGGAUCCUUAAUCCUGAAAGCGACUUGGUUGAAGACUACCCAAAGGAAAAUGACUCAUUCAGCAACAAUAAAGCCACCUCAGACCCCUCCUGGAAAUUUCUGCAGAGCUGCAAAGACAAACUGAAACAGGCGGAGGAAAAUCGAAGCUCUGUUACCCUUCUUCCUGCCCCUCUCCAAGCCACUUUGUUUUACGGUAGCAGAUCUGUGACCAAAGACUACAGCCAGACUCAUUCAUUUCUAGACAGGCCACCCAGUACAACCCCCGCAAAAAGAAGUCUCAUGAUGCCCAAUCAUUCCACUCCUUUCAAAAAAAUGCGUUCCACUACAGACUAUGGGGGCUGGAAUAGGCCCAGACCUUCCACCCUGGCGCAGUCCCAACCUCCUCUGCAAGGAUUCUCCAACCUGGGAAACACUUGCUACAUGAAUGCCAUACUCCAGUCUCUCUUUAGCCUGCCAUCCUUUUCCAAUGACUUACUGAAGCAGGGUAUCCCAUGGAAAAAGGUCCCAGCCAAUGCACUGCUUAGGCGUUUUGCCCACUUGCUGGCCAAGAAAGACGUGUCUUGUCCAGAGAUGAAGAAAGACCUGUUGAGGAGGGUGAAGAGUGCCAUAUCCUCCACAGCAGAACGCUUCUCUGGAUACAUGCAGAAUGACGCUCAUGAGUUCCUGAGCCAGUGUCUGGACCAGCUAAAAGAGGACGUUGAGAAAGUCAAUAAGAGCUCGAAGAGUGAGCCGGCAGCGGUUGCUGCUGUGUGGGAGGAGCCACAGCAGUUUGCAGCACGAUCCAGAGAUGAGACUGACUCCUCCCGCAUCUACACCUGCCCUGUGAUUGUCAACAUGGAGUUUGAAGUGCAGCACACCAUCACCUGCAAAGGUUGUGGAGAGGUGGUCACCAAACGAGAGCAGUUCAACGACCUGUCUAUAGACUUGCCACGCAGGAAGAAGACCCUUCCUCUAAGAUCUAUCCAGGAUUCGUUGGACCUUUUUUUUAGGAUGGAGGAAAUUGAGUACUCCUGUGAAAAGUGCAGUGGGAAGACUGCAACAGUGACACACAAAUUCAGCCGACUUCCUAGAGUGCUGAUCCUCCACUUGAAGCGAUACAGCUUCAAUGCCCAGCUGUCUCUUAACAGCAAGCUAGGCCAACAAGUGGUGAUUCCCAGAUACCUGACGUUGCUGUCCCACUGCACAGAUGCAACGCGCCCUCCCCUGAGCCUAGGCUGGAGUGCACACACUGCCAUGUUGCGAACGCUUAAGGGCUCCCAGUCAGUGAAUUCCUCAUCCUCACUUCUCAGGAAAGGCUGUGUGAAGGCCGGCAGCUCGACCAGCGUCCUGGUGGAUUCUGAUGGCGAGGAGGAACCGAGCAGGAAGGUGGCAAUCCGCAAGCGCCGUUUUUGCGAUUGCAUGCUCGACGACGAGCGAACAGACGAAAUUCAUCGGAGUCCAAAUGAGUCGGCAGAUCUCAAUGAGAUCAAUGAUGAUGAGAUGCUAGCUGCCGUGUUUGAGAUGAGUCGACAUGAGGAUGGCCCCUCUGGCCAAGCCCUGGAUGACGAGCCGACCAGCAGUCCAGACACAGGCUUCGGAGAUAACGAUGUUCAGGAGCUGGCCUAUCACACAGAGCUGCUAGACACUGAGAACAAACAGUCUGCAGAUGUCCUGGAUACCCUGGACCUGACCAUGGAUGAGAACAAGGAAAACCAAACUCCAGUGGGAGUGCAGGGUGAGCUCGACUGGGUACAACAAUAUAGUAUGGAUCAGGAAAGAGAGGAGCAGGAGUUGCAGCAGGCCCUGGCCCAGUCUCUCCAGGAACAUGAAGCCCAGGAGAUGAGAGAGGAUGAUGACCUCAAGAGAGCCACUGAGCUCAGUCUACAAGACUUCAACAACUCGUUGCCAGAGCUGCUGUGCUCUGAUGAGGACUCUGGGAAUGAGGACGUGCUUGACAUGGAGUACACUGAAACUGAAGCAGAGGGCCUGAGGAGGAAUGCGGAGAGUGGAGACCUGGCCAAUUCUUUUAGACUCAUCAGUGUGGUCAGUCACAUUGGAAGCAGCUCAUCCUCAGGUCAUUAUAUCAGCGAUGUAUAUGACAUGAGGAAGCAGUCAUGGCUGACCUUCAAUGACCUGGAUGUGUCCCGCACACAGGAAUCCAACGUGCAGAGGGACCGAGAUCGCAGUGGAUACAUCUUUUUCUACAUGCACAAGGAUGUGUUUGAGGAACUGUCUGAUCUUGAGAAGACAGGGGGGACCUCGUCCGAGGCAGGAAGGAGUGUCCUUCAGCCCCUUUAAAGACAUGUUAUGCUGUCUGAAUGCUGGUUUGAGUUGGGGUGAAAGAAAAGGGAGUCUUCUCCAGUACUACUAACACCGUCCAUUUAGGCACUCUGCCUCCCCCUUUUCAGGUAUUAUGACACCUAGACUAAGGAAUCUUCUGUUGGUGACACUGAAACCUUAGUCAAUAAUCAGGCUGUAUGAAAUUGUAGUUCAUGACUGUAUUUUGUCAUUGUGUUUUCAAUUUGGAAGAAAACAACCCUUGCAUAUAGGGUUCAGUAUUUUCUUCAUGAUCAAUUCGGAACUGGCCCUUGUUUUUCUCUACUAUCACAUUCAGAACUUUAUAGUGUCAGAUGCUGUUGCUCCUCAGAUUGUAUGGUUUUCGGAAUUUUUAUUUCCCAUAUAAUCUAAUAAAGAUCUAUUCUUCUAUGUG